AUAAAUAUAUAGUUUUGAAGUGUUACAAUUUAUAGCGAGAAAUAGAUCAAUAUCAAACAAAAGGUUGAACCAGCGAGAUGAAUAUCAUAAUUUAUUGAGUCCAUGUAGGUAGUUCAUAGUAUAAUAUUGUAGAUUGAAGAUAGUUGUUACCAGAGACGUAUAUAAAUAUGUGAUAUACGUCUCUGUUGUUACCAAAAACCAGAUGAAUUCAGUACUGUAUUUUAUCUAUAAUAUACAUGUAUACGUCAAUUGUACUGAAUCAUAUGGAUACCUUUUUAUUUGUUCAGUAGUUCUGAUAUAAAUAAUUAUCAUUUUUGUCAUUAAUGUGCUGGUGGCAGACAACUAGAACUAGAAUCUAGUAGACGAACUGUGACCCAAUAGGUGAACGAUACAUAUUGACUUUAAUUGGAUAAUGUUUAUUAAUUGAUUGAAUAAAAACGCUUCACAUAUCUAAAGAAAGAAAAGUAGCACAAUUAUUUCAAUCGGGAUAAACGUCAAGUAUUCCUAAACUAUCGCCAGCGUGUUGGCCAGAGAACAGUCAAAGUGAAAGUAAAAGUAGACCGGAUUAGGGAACUUCCCAUUCCGCUAGAUGGCGUAAGAGCGCAUACUUCCGGUAUUAUUUCCACGUGUUGUAAACAUUUCGACAAAUUUCACCAAAAUGGUCCGUAAAUUGAAGUUUCACGAAAAGAAACUGUUGAAGAAGGUUGAUUUUAUAUCAUGGGAGAUUGACAACAACUUACAUGAACUGAAGGUGAUGAAGAAAUACUAUAUACAACGCCGCGAGGACUACACAAAGUAUAACAAGAUGUCUCGAGAGAUUCGGGAGCUUGCUAGAAAGAUCAAAGAACUUGAUGUCAAAGAUCCAUUCAGGGCUGAAGCUACUUCCCAACUUUUGGAAAAACUAUACACAAUGCGGUUGAUUCCAAGCAAGAGGAGCCUAGAACUGGCAGACAAGAUCACAGCCUCCAGCUUCUGCAGGCGACGUUUGCCGGUGGUGAUGGUAAGGAACCACAUGUCAGAGACCCUAAAGGCAGCCACUACAUUUAUAGAGCAGGGACAUGUACGAGUAGGACCUCAGGUAAUGUCCGAUCCAGCUUUCCUCGUCACCAGGAAUAUGGAGGACUUCAUCACAUGGACAGAUACCUCAGCCAUCAGGAAGCAUGUACUAGACUAUAACGACAUGAGAGACGACUUUGAUCUGAUGAGCUAACAGACACAGCAUUAUCCCUUCAUCAUCUGUGAUUUCAUUGUAAAUACCACAAUAAACAUGUACAUA